AUGGUGGAGUUACCGCCUGCACCAGAAGAACUCAAUGAGUUUGGUAAAUUGGUCUUUUUAAACGAAAUGCAUACAAUGGCUUCUCAAAUAAUGCAAUACGUUAAAGGUGAUGAUAAAUUAACAAAACUUAUUCAAUAUGCGUUAGAUUGUAUUGAAGGCGAACGAAAAUUAUUAAAAGCAUCGUUUACAGGAAAUUAUAUUCGCCCUGAGUCGAAAAAUAUCCUAUCGCUAAUACUACGGUGUUCAGAGCUUUAUUUACAAACAGGCAUAUGGUUUGAUAUGAGCCGCGCAAACAUUAGACUUGCUGGAUUAGAAAGUGGUAAUGACACCUUCAUGGAAGAUGUUAAAUUGUGCUUUGCAAGCCCUGAUCUAACUGAACGUUACGUAAUUUCAGGCCCAAUUAUCGAAUUAACACUUACUCGAAUUGAAAUGAUUAAAUUUUUCGAAGCUGAGCAAAUUGAACUAUACAAAGGACCAGAACCAGGAGAACAUGAUCACCUUGCAGACUUUAAAUUCCCUUCUGAAGAUACCGAUGAUUCUGCUGAUCGCUUCAAUGAAGCAGAGCUUAAUGAAGAAUUUGUUAAUUUAGAUAAAAUGGUAAUUGAUGAUGAUUCAUAUUUGGAAAAUAGAGAAUAUAUGUCCUGGGCUAUACUAAGAAAUAUACGAGUAAUCGGGUCAAUAUGUUGUAUUAUUUAUUAUAUAAUUUUCCUAGCUAUUACAAUUUAUAUUGGAACUACAUUACAUGUUACACGCUCUUUGCCGAUUUGUGCUUGUGCAGGAACUGGAGGAUUAAUGCUAAUUAUCGAAAUUAUUUCACUUAGAACAUGUUUAGUUGCUUGCUGCCGUCCUAAGAAUCCAAUUGAUUGUAUUUAUCCAGGUUUAGAACUAUAUGUGACACAAUACAUUGCGGCAAUUACAUUGUCCAUUAUAAUGAUAGUAGUAAUGUGCUUAAAUCUUAAAACGAAAAAUAUAGUUCUAAUGGUAAUCACAAUACAUCAUGCAGCGUCAGUGAUUUGGCCUCUGAUUACUCAGUGCUUCUUUACAAAGAAGCACAAGAGAGUCGAAAGAAAAUUUAAAUGGAUAAGAAUUAAAUUUUUCAAUUCAUGCUGGUGGAUGGUGUACAGAUUGAUAUCAUUUAUUCUAUUCACCCCAUCAGUUUAUGGAAUUGAGACAAUAUUUUUCGCUCAGCUCAAGAACUCCCCAACAGUAACGAAGAUGGUUCCUCCUCAAGCGAUCACAGUUUAG